AUGUUCCACAAAUCAUCUUUGACGAAAGUCAAAUUUCAAGAUCAACAAUUAGACGAUUAUGUUCUUGAGAAUUCAGUUUUAAAAAGUAAGUUACAAAGUAAGAUAGAUGCUUUAUCAAUAAUGAGCAGAGAAUUGGACAAAUGCAGCAUGGAGAGGGAUAGAUUCAAGGUGUUAGUAGAACAGUUGAUGUGCAAGAAAACAGUGCCUAUGAAAUCUAGUCCAGGUGCUAACAAUGUAUCUUAUAGACUAACUCCUACUAAUACUAUUACUGGUGGAGAGAUGCUUGCUAAAACACAAGACCAUAACAAUAUGCUGAAGUUAGAGGUUGAAUCUCUUAAAAGCAAAUUAGAGGAAGCUAAAGAGGAUAUAGUAGCUCUAAAGAAACAGCUGCAAAAACGAGACAGUAUUACUGACGAAAUGAAUGGACACAAAAAGUCUUCAACUAUAUUUAGCUACUCUCACAAAGACUAUGAACAGCUGGUCAAUGAACUUGAAAAAAAUCAAAAGAAGUACCAACAAAUGCAGUUGGACUACAGGGCAACAUUGGAUGAAAAAGAAGAAUUGGUUUCUGAUAGAGAUUACUAUAAAAACAAAGUACAAAGGUUGAGCCAUCAGAUCAGCUAUAUCUUGUCCAACAGAACAAAACUACAAGACAGUAAUGAUGUAGAUCCCCCAAAGCCUAUAGUUGACAUUGAUGCUUUAGUCACUGAAAAUAAAUACCUUCAUGAAAGAAUAACACAGCUUCAAGUAGAAAAGGAAAUAAUAAAGAGAACACUAACAAAAUAUAAGACAUUGCUUGACAAUAGGAGUAAAAAUUACUCUUUGCAGAUGAAAAAAGGUUUUGCAGAUGUUAUGACACAAAAACAAGUGAGAGAAUUUCUAGACAACAUUUAUUCUAAGGCAGGAUUGAAGCAGGGAUCAGCAGCAGAAUUGAAGUCUCUCUGUCUUGGCUUGUUUGAGGCACUCAAUGAUAAGUCAAUUGCCUUACAACAUCAAAGGAAGACUAAUCAAAUUCUGGCUAAUAGAAUAACUGAAUUAGAAAAAACUUUAGAGAGUUGGUGCAAUGGUCAGAAAUAUAUCCCCAUAUUUCCAUCACAAAUGUUGAUGGAUGAGUUCCUGACAGACUCUGGGUCUGUCAAGUCGAAUGAUUCAAAGGAACAACUAAAGUCCCAUGACAGUUCAGAGAAUAAUAGAAAUAAGUUUUCUGAUAGUGAUGAUGAGAUGAAUAAAGACACCAGUGAUGGGUCAUCAGGAGACCUAAGGAAGACAUAUGAUGAUGAAGAUGAGGAUGACGUCGAAGAGUGCCAAGAGCUGAGAAGGAACAUGUCCAAGACAGUUCUGCCGCAAGACUUACAAGACUUAGUCAAGGAAGCUCUUGCUGAACUAAAACCGGCAAACUAA